GGAGGCGAAUAGCGGUAGCUUUUCAACGCCGAUUUGAAUUGGCGGUGGAGUGGGGGUAAUACGCUAGCUUUUCUUCGCUCUAUGAAAUGGCACCUUGGCUGUCGAGCGCUCUGCUCCGAUUUUCCCGUCUCCACAGGUCUCGCUGAACGAUCAAGACUGAGAAGUACCACCGCGCGGGAUUUCCCGCAAAAUCCGGCAUCGGUUGAGGUUAGAGUCGUCGAUUCGGGGCGCAGUCUUGGAAGUGCGCGUCCUCAAGUGGUCUCCAUCGCUCCGGCGAUCGACGGCAGGGACGCCCCGGUUCUCACUCCCUCGCAUCCGGCUUCCUCGUGCAACAUGACUUCGUUCGUAGCGGAUGUACUGGCCACGGCAGGUAAACUUGAAAAGGUGAAUCUCCAUAAGAACAUUGCCGAGAUACAGAAGGAGAUAACGAAGCUGGAAUAUGAAGUCAAAGACUUUAUGGACGACAAUUACGUCGAGUUCAAUGCGAAGCUGACGAGAGAUGUGCACCUGGUGAAGCGGACGGAGCAGCUGUUGGAGGAGAUAAGUAUUUUGCAGAGCAGAAUAAACGACCAGAUAAAAAUAGAGCUGUCGGGAUCGACGAAGGAGCUGAAGGCGCUCUCCCAGGCGUUGAAGGAGUCCAACACCAGCCUGCAACUGUCCCACCAGCUCAUCGGCCUACACAAGUGCAUAAAAUCGGUGAGGAAGACGCAGGAGGAGAAGGGGUACGUCGAGACCGCCAAGACUCUGCAGCAGAUGCAAUCUCUGUUGGACAAUCCUCACAGUCUUCUGCACGAUCUCGAGAUAUACGCGGCCAUCAGGAAUGAAUACCACGAUCUCUCUCGCUCGUGCCUGGCGGAGGCCUCCGGCCUCCUGCGCGAUCGAAUCUGUUGGGGCGAGGACGCGAGGGAGGGCAAUGCGGUCACCUCUGUUACCGUUAAAACUGAAUUUGACGACGUACAGCAAUUGGUGCAAGGACUGCACAUCAUGGGCCAUCUCGAGACUGAACUCGAAGUAUUUUCCACGAAACUCAUGGAUUCUAUUAUUAAGCCCGUCAUUUACGAUCACUGCUCGGUGUACGUAGUCAACGAGAGGGUGUUCACCGUCGAGAUACUGCAGAGGAAAAAGAUGCCGUGUUACAAGGGCGUGCUGUACAACUUGGAGCUGCUCUUCAAGUUCCUCUAUCAGCAUUUAAACCUGACGGUCGCGGACGACGAGACCUUCCUGAGAAAGUUGCAGCCGCAUCUGCUGGAACGAUUGUCGCGUCCCCUGAUAGCGGACUGCAUCUCCCACAUCAUCCCGACUUCUAACGCGGACCUGAAAAACUUCGAGCCUGUGGUCGAGACGAUUACCGAAUUUCAAAACUACUUGGUAGUAAUUGGAUUUCUCUCCGAGGACCAGCUCUUCUUAUCGGAAUACACGAAUAACAUUGACAAACUCUUUAUCAAUAGAAUAUGUCAGGAUUUAUUAGUCAAAGCUAGAAGUAUAAUGAGGAAAGAUCUGCACGAUUCUGUGCGAUACGAGCCGCAGGAACCAGCCAAACUUAUAAAUAAAACGUUGGAGAACGACUGCGAAUUGUCUAUUGAAAAGGCGUUAAGUGACGUGUUGUUUCAGUUACCAAAAUGUCAAAUAAGCAAAAAUGCACAAGAGACGCUGGAACUAGCGAGAACGAUACUGGACGAGGCUUGCGAUAGCUCGGAUGCUUGCGCCAUUAGAUUAUUUUACACGUGUAGAAAUGUAUUCGAAAUGUACGCCGGUCUAGUGCCCGAACAUCAUAAGAAGUUCUUGGAGACAAUACCGCAACAAGUUGCUCUGUUUCACAACAAUUGCAUGUAUCUCGCCCACCACCUGCUCACAUUGGCGCACGAAUACAGAGACAGAUUCUCGACAAUUGUACAAAAAUUGAACUUGACAUUCGCGGAUCAGGUGACGACAUUCCGGGACGUUGGAUCGCAAUACUUUCUAGAUCAUAUGAGAUAUCAGAGGAACAUUAUUUUCGACAUCAUCAAGGAUUCAGGUUUCUCAGGAUUGAGCCAAGCGCCUCAGCUAGAUCCUAGCACCGAGCGUGCAUUGAGACAAUGCAUAAGACAAUUGGAAUUAUUGAAGACUGUGUGGCUGGAUGUAUUGCCUAUAAAUAUCUAUUGUAAAGCCGUCGGAUGCAUAACAAAUUCCAUGAUUGACGAUUUGGUGACGAAAGUCGUAUCUGCGGAAGACAUUCCAAUUGAUGUCGCGACAGAACUGGUAACUCUAUUUAAUAUGGUGGUGAAACGAACGCCGCCGAUAUUUCCUGAUCAACAGAUUCAGCAGCAUGUACGUAAAUGGCGGAAAUUUUUGGAACUGAUUGAGUUACUUGGCGCGUCGCUGAAAGAAAUCGAAAUUAGAUGGGGAAACGGGAAAGGGCCAUUAGCACAGGAAUUCACUGCUCCACAAGUCAAACAACUGAUCCGGGCAAUAUUCCAGAAUACGGACAGAAGAUCUAAUCUCUUAGCUUCCAUAAAAUAAGAAUUUGAAUGCACAAGAUGGACCGAGACAACUGAAGGGAAGAUAGGCAUAUAAUUUUAUACAUUUUUAUACAAAGGAAUAAAUGUAUCAGAAAUAAAAGAUACUUUUGCUCGUUGCGAUAUGUACAUACAUAUAAAUAAAGAUAAUAUUAAAAACUUGAAACGGUUCCGUUAUCUCAACAUUAUAAAUUGAUUAGAUAAAAAACUUGAGAUUAGUAACAUAAAAACUGUUUGACAAUUAAAAUUAAAAGUAUUAAUAAAUUAAGUUCUAAGCAUAAUUUUUUAAAAUUAAUAAUGGAAUUUUACGAGAGGAAGUUAAUAUUGAAGAAUUAAACACCAAAAUUACUCAACAUUGAAAAUUAACGUGUCAAGACGUGAAUUGCAUCUCAAAAAGAUCUCUCACAAUUUAAUCAAGUCUAAUUUUCUGAUUUAUGAAAAGCACAUAAAAAUUUUAAGUCUUUAAUUUUCAAUGUCAAGUGAUAAUCAAAUUAUGCUAAUAUUUAAUAUGACAAAUUAAUAUCCUUUUUGUCGAGAUACUUACGUGAAUGCUUUACAACUUACAGUGAACUUGCGUACGUCCGAAUUUUGUGUCGGGAUUAAAGCGAGAAUUCCUUUUCCAAGAAUACGAUUCAAGUAUCAAAAUACACGAAGAACGUCGCGCAAACACAACAUUAUGUAAAGGAGUAACGUAUCCAAUAACACGGAAAUUGGCCUGUAAGCUGGUGUCGAGAAACUCCAAGUAACGAAACAGGCAACUGCACGUGGUAAAAAGAAUUUUUUUUUCGCGAAGUGACGGA